GUGAUAUGUUCUACUGCUGACAAAUUAAAGAAAUUCAAUUCUUCAAGAUCUUUCCCUAGCCUAGAGAAGAAGAUCUGAUCUACCGGUUAAGAAGAUGACAUCUCAGAUGCAUUUCCGGCUCCUUUUGGUCCUAGUUCUCUCAGAUUUGUACAGCAUCAUUGAUGUCAAGUUGGCGUCAGCCCGAUGCCUGAGUGAAGAGAUGGAUUUGUUGCUUCAGUUGAGGAACAACCUCACGUAUGACGCUUCGCUUUCUACCAAGCUGGUGAGCUGGGAUGAACAGAGUGAUUGCUGCAGUUGGAGAGGCGUGCGUUGUGACGAUGCGGGCCAUGUUAUUGACCUCGACCUUAGCAGUGAUUCAAUCUCUGGCAAUCUUGACGAUUCAAGCAGUCUUUUCCGCCUCCAAUUUCUCCGGAGAUUGAACUUAGCUGGAAACUCCUUCGACUCUACGCAGUUGCCAACGGGGUUUGGAAUGCUAAAGGAAUUGGUUUACCUGAACCUGUCAGAAACAGGCUUUGCUGGGCAAAUCCCGAGCGAGUUUUCACGGAUUUCGAGGUUGGUAACUCUGGACCUCUCUACUUUUUCACCUGGCUACAUCCUCUCGCUCAAACUUGAGAGCCCAAAUCUUAAUAUGUUGGUUCACAACCUCACAAGGCUUAGAGAUCUUCGUCUUGACGGCGUAGCUAUUGCCGCGGCCGGGGAUGAUUGGUGCCUUGCACUGUCAUCUGCACUGCCUGAUUUGCGAGUCUUGAGUUUGUCCAACUGCAAUAUUUCAGGCCCCCUAGAUUCCUCUUUGGCAAAACUUCAGUCUCUUUCUGUUAUCAAGCUGGAUGGCAAUAUUUUUUCAUCUCCACUUCCAGAUUUCUUUGCAGAAUUUGCCAAUCUAACUGCCUUGAGUGCUGGAUCGUGUGGCUUGAUAGGAGAAGCUCCUCAACGGAUAUUCCAAUUGCCAAGUCUACGGACCAUUGACUUAUCAAACAAUAGAGAACUUGGUGGCUCUUUACCAGAAUUCCCUGAAAACGGGUCCCUAGAGACUCUGGAGCUUAGCUACACUUACUUUUCGGGGAAUUUACCAGAUUCCAUUGGCAAUCUCAAAAUGUUGUCCAGCUUGAGGCUUUUUGGUUGCAAUUUUUCAGGACCAAUCGCUAGUUCAAUAUCUAGCCUUUCCCAGCUUGUCGCUAUCGACCUGUCCGUGAAUCAUUUAACCGGUUCACUCCCAUCAUUUAGCCUGUCCAGGAAACUUCGUUCUAUAGGCCUUCGCGAUAAUAAAUUGAUUGGCAAGAUUCCAUUAGAAUGGGAAGGCCUCAAGAAUCUGACCUUUCUUGACCUGAGCGACAAUUCACUUAGUGGAGAACUUCCAGCAUUCCUGUUUUCUCUGCCAUCACUAGAGACCUUAACACUUCCGAACAACCGUUUUUCUGGUCAGAUCAGUGAAUUGCAAAGCCCAUCUCUGUCUCCACUAGAACAACUUGACUUGAGUGGCAACAAUCUUGAAGGGCCUAUACCCAAGUUUGUUUUCAAAAUCACUGGUCUCUCGACUCUCUCUCUUGCUUCUAAUAAAUUUACAGGCACAGUAGAACUGAUCGAAUUUAUGGAGCUCAAGAAUCUUUUCAGUCUUGAUCUGUCAUACAAUAAGCUGUCAGUUGGCACAAGCGGAAGUGACUCUGCCUUUUCUUUGCUCCCCCAGUUUAAUAGUUUGAUGUUAGCCUCUUGCAAGCUGCAAAAGUUUCCCUUUCUGCAGAACCAAUCAAGAUUGAAUAUGCUAGAUCUUUCAGAAAACCAAAUAACUGGUGAGAUACCAAACUGGAUAUGGGAAGUUCAUGAUGGUUAUCUCCCAUAUGUGAAUCUAUCUUGUAACCAUUUCACGGGCCUUCAAGAGCCUUACCAUUUUCACACUCAUCAAUAUCUUGAUUUGCACUCGAAUCUGCUUAUUGGAGGCAUCCCUUUACCACCGCGAUCAGCUGUCUAUGUGGACUUCUCAAGCAAUAAAUUUACUUCUUCGCUUCCAGCUGAUAUCGGUAAUCAUCUCUCAUCUGCCAUGAACUUGAGCAUCGCAAACAACAGCAUUGUUGGCGGCAUUCCUCUUUCAUUAUGUAAUGCGAGUCUUCUGGAAGUACUUGACCUGUCGGGUAAUAGUUUAAGCAGCUCCAUACCUUCAUGUUUGAUAGAAAAGUCCAGAUCCCUCGUGGUACUGGAUUUACAUGGAAACAAGCUAAGUGGAAAUAUACCCGAUACAUUUCCGAGGGACUGCAAGUUAGAGACAUUGGACCUGAGUUUUAAUCAAUUAGAAGGCAAGGUUCCAGAAUCUUUGGUCAACUGCACAAAGCUAACGGCAUUAAACCUCGGCCACAACAGGAUUGGCAGCUCACCCUCCAUGCCAUGUUCAGUUGUUCACGUCCGCUUUGAAACUAGUAUUGGCAAAUUGCAACCCUAAAGUAAGCUAAUUAAAGUAAUUAGCACUGUACUAGUACUCCU